UAGUUUCUAUGGUGUGAGGCGGCGCUCUGGUUUGCUGGUUCGACUCUGUGGUGUCAGUCCUCCCCGGUUCCACACGUGGGUAUGGCUGCGCUGCGCUUCCAUGAGCUGGGGCUGGAUGACCGGCUUUUAAAGUCUGUUGCAGAUUUAGGAUGGGAAAAGCCAACUUUAAUUCAAGAAAAGGCCAUUCCACUGGGCGUGGAGGGCAAGGACCUAUUGGCACGAGCAAGGACCGGGUCGGGUAAAACUGCAGCCUACUCCAUACCCAUAAUACAGAGCCUUCUGCAGUCAAAAAUGACUGUCUCCGAACAGGCCGUCCGAGUCCUGAUCCUUGUACCUACCAAGGAACUUGGCCACCAGGUUCAACAAAUGGUCCGACAGCUCACAACCUACUGUGCGCGAGACAUUAAAAUCGCAGACAUCUCCGGCCAGGCAGAUAUCUCUGCUCAGAGACCAAUCCUGAUGGAGAAGCCAGACAUCGUGGUCGGUACCCCCUCUCGAAUAUUGAUUCACAUAAACCAGAAGACCCUGUGCUUGCGAGAGAGCCUCCAGGUCUUGGUGAUUGAUGAGGCGGACCUGAUCUUCUCAUUUGGCUUUGAAGAUGAUUUGAAGAGCCUGCUGUGCAAACUUCCAAACAUCUAUCAGUCAUACCUCAUGUCUGCCACAUUCAAUGAGGAUGUCCUGGCCUUAAAGAAACUUGUGCUGCACAAUCCGGUGACCCUGAAGCUCGAGGAGUCCCAGUUACCGGACAGCUCUCAGCUCACACAGUAUCACAUCCAGUGCGAGGAGGAGGAAAAGUUUCUUCUGCUUUAUACGCUUCUUAAGCUCUCCCUCAUCCGCGGGAAAACUAUUAUAUUUGUGAAUGAUGUGGAGAGGAGUUACCGGCUCAAGCUGUUCCUGGAGCAGUUCAGUAUCCCGUCCUGCGUGCUGAACUCCGAGCUGCCGGUGCAGUCCCGGUGUCACAUCAUUGCGCAGUUUAACAGGGGCUUCUACGAUUAUAUUAUUGCAUCAGAUGAGCAGGCGUUAUCUGAAGCAAAGGCGAAAGGAAAGAAACAGGCCGGCAAGAAAAAGGGUAGAAAAACGGACAAAGGCCAGGACAGUGAGUAUGGCGUGUCUCGGGGGAUAGACUUUCAGAAUGUUUCCACAGUGUUAAACUUUGACUUCCCCUUGUCUGUUGACUCCUACAUUCACCGUGCCGGAAGGACCGCCCGAGCCAAUAACCCCGGUGUGGCCCUUACAUUUGUGGCACAUACAGAACUGUCCCUGCUAAAAGAUAUCGAAGAGGCUCUGGGUGGAGGGAGCUCUGAGGAGUGUGUGCUGCGUCCUUACAGGUUUCGCAUGGAAGAGGUGGAAGGAUUUCGCUAUCGCUGCAGGGAUGCAAUGAGAUCUGUAACUAAACAAGCCAUUAAAGAAGCUCGUCUGAAGGAGAUAAAGGAAGAACUGCUCAACUCCGAGAAAUUAAAGACGUAUUUUGAAGAUAACCCAAGGGAUUUCAAUCUCCUCCGUCAUGACAGACCUCUGCACCCUGCAAUAGUGAAACCUCAUCUGAAAAAUGUUCCCGAUUACCUAAUUCCCCCUUCCUUGCGCUCUGUUGCAAAUCCUUUACUAAAGAAAAAGAAGAGGAAAAGGAUGCAGCCGGGUCCCUCCAGUGCACCACCCAAAAAGUUCAGGAAGAGCCAGAACCCUCUACGUACUUUCAAAUACACAAAAGGGAAAAAGAAAACGGAUGCCAAGAAAAAAACGGAAUCUUGAGCAAUGUGACAAUUAGGACUUCUGAUUCAAUUUCCUAUAACGAGACCCCGAGUCUUUCCUCUGUGGGCAUCAUAAUGGACUUGAAUGAGCUGGCAGGGGCAUUUCCUGCGCUCUGGACAGAGGAUUUUGGUCAUCACUUUCUAAAGAGCCUUUUAUGCAGAGUUUAUGUAAAUAAAUUCAUAUAUUUGUAUGGGCAGAAGUUACACCCUCUUAUUUCCAGUGGUUGCUUUAAGGGGUAGUUACACUUCAGCAGUCGUUUCCGUUGUACUGUUUUUUUAUGUCUAAAGCUCCUAUACAGACAUGUGUGUCUCCAUGGUUACAGACUACAAACAAACCCUUUUGUGGUCUGAUCCUGGAGAAGAUGACCUGACUGAAGGGGAGGAACACAUGACUGCAGGAUCAGACCACACAAAACUAUUUGCAAGGUUGAUUAAUUAUUUAAAAAAAUAAAUAUUUUUAGAUGCAUUAAAGUAACCCCUUAGUGAUCACCAAUACACGUGGUGGUCACUAAGGGGCUAUCGCCUUUUGUACGACCCAGACUGCACGAGACUCAGCUUUCAGAUGAUAGCCGAAGUCCUGCUCUUAUGGCCUGGACCAGCAGAAGCGCAAAUCCAGGCUGUUUAACCCCUUAGAUGCCGCAAUCAAAAGCGCUCAUGGUAUAAAAACGGUUACAAAGGAAGCGGAUUCCCUCUUUCUCCCAUCGACACACCACAAAUGAGGUCACGGGGUGCCAAUGUCUGUUCACGCAAGCUGGGGCCUAAUGAAAUCCCCAGGCCCGCUUGCAGCAUGUCCUAGAAGGCCUGGGCCCUUUGUUAGGCCUCAGACUGCAGAUGGCUGUGUAGCAAUGACGGUAAAAUAAAUUACACUGCAUGAACAGUGCCAUGUAUUUUGGAAGCGAUCAAAAGAUUGCCUAUUAUAGUCCCCAUGUGGGAGUAUUAAAUGGUUAGAAAAAAAAAAUACAAUUCCAUGUAAAAAAUGAGCAUUUUUUUUUCCCAU